CAACGCUGAUAAAGCGUCGACGCAAAGUUAUCGAUUGUCUUCGUCAGCUGAUUUCCGGUAGCCUAUUUCGCCAUUUUUGGCACGAGUUUGUGGGUAAAUAUCCGGCCGGCACCAGAAACGCCCUAGUAUACCACAAAAAUGUUCCGUUCCUCACCAUAUUCGGUUUUGAUUUUGUUAUUAUUUGAACUUUUGGUGGCGCAUAACACAGUGAACGGCGGCGAUGGUGGCGAAAAUGUUUCCAACGUAAAAAAGGGUGGCGACGUCGACCUGAAGACUUGUAUCGAUAACUUUGCCGUCCACAAGGAUAAAAUCAUCAGAACGCAAGAUUCGAGAGCUAUGGGCGCUAAAUAUUUACACGAAAUUGAUUUAGACACAAGGGAAGAGUGUCUCAGGUUGUGUUGUGAAACAGAAAACUGCGAUGUGUUUAUUUAUGAAGAGAAGAGUGUGGGAAGUUGUUAUUUAUUUGAAUGUGGUCCACCGGAAGAUUUUAAAUGUAAAUUUACUCAUCACGCAAACUACUCGAGCGGAGUCUUAACAGUUAACAGACACCUGCCCGACCUGGAGAGCCAAAUCAAACUCACUAAGCAUGAAGAGGAUUUAACUAAGCUUAGAAAACCGGAAGUGCCGUCUCCAGGAAGUGUUCAAAUUGUUUCUGACGUUUAUACAACAACGCCUACAACUACAACAACAGUUAAAAACAAAGAAGUGCUCGAGGCAAAGUCGGAAAGUAAGUUGUUUUUCAUGUAGUAAUAUUGGUAAGGUCGUAGAAAACUGACCACUUUAGAAAACGUAAAGCUCAUUUUGAAGCUAUAUAACAAUGACUUAAUGAAUACAUUUAUUUUCGGUUUACGAUUGUUUUGAAAUUGUUUAAUUUACACCGUCCAAGGCUUUGAAUUGCUAAAACCUUUUGUUUUGAAAUUAUUAAAACGUUUUUUAUAUUUGGUUGUUACGCUCUACUUACAUCUAUGUCGUACUUAGAAGUAAGUUAUAGUAUUUUUGGCAGAAUCCAACGUCAUUUUUGUUACCUUUU